AUGUCAAGAUCUCUUUUGGUAGAGAAUAAUAGAACCAUUAAUGGUAGUGAGGAUAAUGGUAUAAACGAUACUCAAUAUAUUGUACAAAAAAGAAAUGUACCAAGAACCAUUCUCGCUAACGUCACUAAUAAUGCAAAUAUUUUGCAAGAGAUCACGAUGAAUAAAAAAAUUGGCAUAAAGGGCUUUUCCAGGUUAAACUCUUUUUUUCCUUUGAAAGAUGAUAUUACGAGGCCCAAUGAUUUCAGCACCUCUUUUAAUGAUAGUGAAGAGGAGAAAAAACGAGAGAUGUUUAACAAUAAAGAAAAUAUUCCUGAGUAUGGAUAUUCGGAGCAGAGAAAGGAACAGCAGAAGCAUUAUUUAAAAGAUGACUCCAUUCACACAAGUUCGACUGCAUUAAGUUGCAAUGGGCUGGUAUAUUCUGAGAAUAAGUCGUUUUCCAACCAACUUGAAUGGCAGAAAAAGAUUUUAAAAGAAGAUUCGAAAAAAAAAAGACCAAUAUCAACUCUUGUUGAGCAAGAUGAACAAAAAAAGUUUAAAAUACAUGAAUUCACCACGGAAGAAGAGAUUCUAGAGGAAUAUGAAUGGGAUGAUUUGGAUGAAGAAGAUUGUGAUGAUCCUUUGAUGGUGAGCGAGGAGGUCGAUGAUAUUUUUGAAUAUCUGCAUCACCUGGAAAUAAUCACACUACCGAAUAAGGCGAAUCUUUACAAGCAUAAGAACAUUAAACAGAACAGAGACAUCUUAGUUAACUGGAUAAUCAAGAUCCAUAACAAGUUUGGUCUCCUGCCAGAGACUUUGUAUUUGGCGAUAAAUAUAAUGGACAGAUUUCUUUGUGAAGAGGUGGUUCAAUUGAAUAGAUUGCAACUGGUUGGUACAUCAUGCUUGUUUAUCGCAUCUAAAUAUGAAGAGAUUUACUCCCCUAGCAUAAAACAUUUCGCAUACGAGACAGAUGGCGCCUGUUCUGUAGAAGAAAUUAAAGAAGGUGAAAGAUUUAUUCUGGAAAAACUUGACUUCCAAAUUAGUUUUGCUAACCCGAUGAACUUUCUGAGGAGAAUAUCAAAGGCGGAUGACUAUGAUAUUCAAUCCAGAACACUAGCAAAAUUCUUAAUGGAAAUAUCUAUAGUGGAUUUUAAGUUCAUUGGAAUACUACCAUCAUUGUGCGCCUCAGCGGCAAUGUUCCUCUCGAGAAAAAUGUUGGGUAAAGGAAACUGGGAUGGUAAUUUGAUCCACUAUAGUGGUGGUUACACAAAGGAGAAACUAUAUCCCGUUUGUCAGCUACUGAUGGAUUAUCUUGUUGGCUCGACCAUUCAUGAUGAGUUCUUAAAAAAGUAUCAAUCAAGAAGAUUCUUAAAGGCUUCUAUAAUUUCUAUCGAAUGGGCAUUGAAGGUCAGGAAGAAUGGUUAUGAUAUUAUGACUUUGCAUGAGUGA